UCGGACGCGAUAGCGGAAGAGACAUGUUGACGGUGUUACAGGCGGUGUUGCUUCCUCUCCUCAGACUUUACUUGUGUGGAAUCAGAGUUCUCAUCUAUCAGAUGUUCAACAAAUCUUUUACGCUGCCAGUCUUACCGAAGCAGAAUGGAAGAGUUGCCAUUGUUACUGGGGGUACAAGAGGAAUGGGCUAUGAGACCGCAAGACACCUGGCAAGACUCGGCAUGCGUGUUAUCAUCGCUGGGAAUGAGAGAGAAGAAGGCAAGGCUGCUGCAAGGACAAUUCAGGCAGAAUGCAGGGAGGGGAAAGCUGAGUUUAUGUUUCUGGACCUGACUUCCCAGAAAUCUGUGCGACAUUUUGCUGAAACAUUCAAGAGCAGAGGUCUUCCUCUCCAUGUGUUGGUCAACAAUGCUGGGACCAUGCUAGUUCCUGAGAGACAGACAGAAGAUGGCUUUGAGUUCCACUUUGCUCUCAACUACCUUGGCCACUUCCUACUCACUAACCUGCUGCUUGACGUACUGAAGAGAUCCGGGAGAGCAGGCUGCUGUUCCCGGAUUGUCAACAUGUCGUCUGCAACACACUAUGCUGGCGUUAUACAUAUGGACGACCUCAACAGGAGGGCGUGUUACAGUUCCCAUGGUGCCUACGCCCAAAGCAAACUGGCUUUGGUCCUCUUCACCUACUAUCUGCAAGAGCAGAUGACGGCCAGUGGUUCUUCGGUGAUUGUCAAUGCCGUGGAUCCGGGAAUGGUGGACACGGCGCUCUACGACAACCUGUGGAGCCUCGCUCGGGCACUGAAAAAGCCAUUUGCCAAGAUUUUGUUCAGGACUCCUGCAGAGGGCGCCGCCAUAACUGUCUAUGCUGCUGCCGCCUCUGAGAUGGAAGGGGUGGGUAGCUGCUACCUCUACAACGGCCAGAAGAGACAGUCAGCCAGCGCAUCCUAUGACACGGAGCUGCAGGCGGACUUGUGGAAGAAAAGCUGUCAGCUUACAGGCCUUCACAAGGCCUGAUAUACGAGGUCUUUAAAGUAUACUGUAUGUACUGUGUAUUCCAAAGCCAUACUGUUUUGCCUUGACUCUGGGUGUCACCUUACCUGAGAAAGCAAUAUGUGGCGCCAUUUGUGUCGCCACAUAUUGUCAUUUGUGUCCACAUCCGUGCGUUUGGGUACCGUGGGUAGGAUUUUAGGAUAGGAUUGUGUUUUGCAUACUGUUUACCUUCAUAUUUCACCUUAAAAAGUGCCGUGAUCGGUUUGCUUUUUUCAGUACAAUCUCACAUGUGUGACUGUACACAUUUUUAUUUUGACAUAGUGUAUAAACAUCAAGUGCAGCCAAGGGGAAGAGUCUGGCCUCCUGUCAGUUGUCCACUUGGUGGCAGUAUUUAUUUACCCUUCCCUUUGAUUGGUUGAUCUGGGGGUGGAGUGGCGGGAACUUCAGUGUUCUGCUCAAGCUAACGUUUGGGCUUUACUUAACUACAUAACAGGUUCUUAUUAAAGGCUCUAGUUUCAGGGCUUUUACUUUGAAGAACAAUAAAACUUAAGCAGAUGAUGCAUAAUAAGAAUAAACUUUCAGGCGGUGGUGUUCAGCCACUGCCUUCUAGGCCUUCUCUGCUGGCCUAAACCCUAUUAGAAGCACUGACCUACAUUUACAUCUUAAAUUCAAGAAUUUCAACAAGUCCCUUGUCUUGGCCUUGUUCACAAGUGAAGGAAGGUUAGAGCGUGAAGUUGACAGGUGGAGGCGUCUGCAAUAGUGCAGUUGCUGUACCGGACUGUCUUGGUAAACGGAGAGGAAAUUUAUUUGCCCUACGUUCCCUCCCUCACCUUGGUCAUGAGCCUUGGGUUGUGACCGAAAGAAUGAGAUUCCGGAUACAAAAUGAAUUUCCUCGGUAGGGUGGCUGGACUCAACCCCCAAAAAGCCUAGGUCACAACCCGUCGUACGGGCUCCUACGCGCAAAAAAAGGCAAGAAAUGCGCGGAGUGUGCACGUGUGACGUGCAGAUUGGCCACAGAAGUUCUUUGUCAUGUCAAACAAACCACAGGCGCUUCCCAUUUUUCAGGUUGCAAGACAAACUUACACACUUCGUACGUCUUUGUGCGUCGUCCAUAUGGCCAACGUGCGUCUUGCUGGUGUCAGGUAUGAGCAAAAUUUUAAAUGAUGUCAUGUCCAUUUGUGCACUUUAUGUCAACAUAAGCGGUCGACCGUGUACAGAAUGUUGACGUUGACUCACUUUUUAGUAAUCUGAAGAACAUGGUGGACCAGGGGCCUCGUUUAUAAAAGUGUGCUUGGAUUCCAAUGCAAAACUCUAUGUAGUCACAAACCUCAAAAUCUACAUACGCAAGAAAAAAAUUCUGAUCUACAAAAACCAUGCGGUGCACACGUACACAUUUUCUCAUCUCAUCUGAGGCGUCCCAAUUCUCCUCCCACAAUCAACCAUAUAUGGUCAAUGAUAUAUGGCUCCCCAAUACGGAUCAUGUCUUGGACUGUCAAUGAGGGAACGAUGGAGAUGGCGACUCCAAGAAGAAUGCGUCAUUUGCAGAUUGUAAAAUAGAGGCGCUCAUUACGUCGACCUCUGUAAGCAUGUUUUUGGAGGGCUAAGUCAUAGCAUAUCUAAUUUUUAAAAAAAUCCAUUUGAAUGUCAAUAUUUGAACAAUCAAGUCAGUGUCGACUCCACCGUGAAAACUGUUGCUGAGAUGAAGACAAACGCGUGCUGUUUGCCAACUCUUGAAGUAAAUGACACAACACGUCACCACGAGCACUAUUUAUAGCACGUGUCAACGAAAUUGGCACGCGUACAACAAUUCCAAAGUACUACAAACUCAAAGUUCUACAUUUAUUGUAAAAAGAUGAAAUCAUUUCCUAAAUUCGUAACACGUUUUAAUCUAAACAUACAUUGUUCUGCAAUCCACAAUUUUUGCUCUUUAUCUUACAAAAAUAACAUUUUCGCUGUGUCACUGUUUGCGCCCCCUUUUGGCAUGCACGCAAAGCACCUCCCAGCCUAUUCAUACACUUUUGUGCCAUUCAGUUAAAAAUGUAGCAAAAUAAACAAUACUGCGAUAAUUCUACCCACAUUUUAACUGCAUGCAAACAAUACAACUCAGUGAAAUACAUCUUAGAACUUAGAUAUUUAGGCUAUAACGAGUAACUAAAGAAGGCUUACAGGCCUCCAUUGUGAAACACGUGGUGUGUAUGGUUGCCAAGUCAAUUGUCUUGACUUGAAUUUUAUCAACUUUAUUUUGUGGUGUCUCCAUCGGGCGUUGCCGACUCCUGUGUCUGAAAAACUUUGCAUCAGUGAAUGCUUGGGCAUACGCAGUCUUUUCCACAUAGAAUGUUCCUAUAAAUACCAACUUACGCAACUGUUUUGUGCGCAGCAACCUUUAUGAAUGUGGUCUCAGGACUUGAUGAGUUGGUCAAUGAGUUCCACUCGCUAUGUUUACAUGCACUAAAUCGGAUUCGCCCAAAUAAAUCGGUCUCUUCCA